CUGUCAUAAGUCAUAACAUAAAAAUGUACACACACCAUCUACGUGGCUAAUUCUUACAUGUUCGCAGGAGAACUUUUAUGAAGUUCUGCUUUUGUCAUUAUUUUUUUCUGGAUAUCUUUUUAAGAGAAGAGUCACCAUGAGAAAACUGAAAGGUGCAGUUAAAGAGACGGCUAAACAAAAACGUGAGAGGAAGCAAGAAUUCGCUAAAACAAGACAACAAUUGCAUACAGUUGUUUUGCCCACAUUUGCAGUGAUCUUCAUUUUAAUCUGUAUAUAUGUUUACUUCAAGACCAGGCCUGCUUCCAUGCAAUAUGCUUAAUAAGAAUAAGAUGCAAUUUCUACUAUAUCCUGACAAUUUACGUUGUGUACCCAUUUGUCCUCACACCACAUCACCGCCGCCAAACAUGAGGCAGGGACAGAUGGGAAUGAGUUAUAUGAAUGCACCUAUUCCCAUAUGUGGUCGGCAGGGACAAAUGGGAAUACACCCAAUCCCAUAAUUAUUGUGUAUGUAAUAUAUAAGCACAUUGAAAACAUGCUUGGGCAUGGACCGGUCGAACCAUGCCGUAGCAUAUUAUAACUAUCACAUGCAUGAUGAUGACAACUGCAUUUAUGUAAAAUAGAUAUUGGUAAUUAUAAACCCUCUGUCACAUUCCGCCUAGUACCUACUUAUGUGUAAUAGAUGUUACUUUAACAUAAUUUGUAAUUAUUAUAUGCCUGCGAAAGUUAACACUGACUACCGAGAACCCGCCUGGUAGGUACUCGUAAUAUUUGCUCAGAUGCCGGACAACCUGCCCAGCGGGUUCUUUUGUACGCAGAUAUAGACGACCGGUUUCUGGGGUAGUGCGCCGUUUUUUGCCCGGUUACGAAAGUGUUAAAACAAAUGCCUACUGUGUCUGUAUAGCCCAAAACUAUGUUGGGAUGAAUUUUAGGCAAUAUGUAUAAGCAACAUCUGGAAGUUAAGCUCCACUAUCCUAACUUUUGGGAAGAGGAAUGUCUACUUUUGUUUUUUUUUUUGUCUGUCCCUAAUAAAUGCCACAGGGCACAAAUAUUUAUCAUUAGCAUUCAUGUCGGGAUUUAGUAAGGAAAUACAAAGUAGAGUUUUAUUUGGCAUCUGCCAGGUUGUGAGUUAAGCAAUCCAUAGUAUUUUAAUGAAGUAAAGUGAUUUAAUCUUAUUCCUUCCAUAUAUUAAACAUUCCAAUGAUUUUAAAUUAGAAUAUCAAAUAAAGCAAUGUUUUUGAUGUAAUGUAAAUGAAAAUAUAUUUUCUGAGAACCUA